AUGAAUCCUAGCCGGUUAAAAUAUUUGCUUAUUUUUGUUCUUUCGACUUUGUUAAAUUCAGUCUCUUUUGCCUUGCAUAUUGAUGAAUAUAAUGAUGUUUUAAAUGAAGUCGAAUUAUUUAUUCUUGUUGGUUUCCUUUCUAUUCAUACCUUCCCUGUUUUUCCUUCAAAAAGGCUUUAUUCCACCGAGAAAAAUCUUGAUAGGUAUUUGCAUGCACAUGAAUCAUUUCUUAGGUUCGAAUUUGGCUCUGAGGUACAACGUUCUGUUGCUGUUUCUUCCUUUUAUUUAGGCGGAACGUUUGGAUCGUCGAUUGACAUAUUUUUUGCCCCUAAAUGGAGCAUUCAAGUUUAUACUUGUUUCUGUUCAAUAUUAUUCGUUAUUGGACACCUAUUUUCCACUUUUUCUUUCAAUUGGAACCUUUUGGCUAUUGGGCGUUUUUUUCUUGGAGUGGGUAUUGGGAUUACUGGAAAAUUCGCUCAUGGUUCUUAUAACCCUAACUCGCUAGCUUUACAUUCUAAGUGUAUAACCCAAAAGUUUAGAAUCCUUUAUCAACUAACAGCUGCAGCAGGAAUACUUUUCGGUGGAUUCCUGCGACAGUAUUUUCUAAAUAGCCAUAUUUUGGCCUGGAGAGUCUUUAGUCGUAUACAUGCAUCAUUAGGAAUUUUGGUUUUCCUUUUUACGAUGUUUCAUAAUUGGAUUGCUACUUUUAACCCUAAAAGGCUGCCUCUAACCCUAAGGCUACUAAGCCUAAGCAAGAGGAUACCAAUCCCCACUCAGCCCAAAGCUAGCUCAAACUUUAACAUUGCUAAGGCUUUUGAAAGAGCAAUCAAAAUCUUGAAAAUUUUCAUCGCCUUAUAUAUCUUUCAACAGCUCUCUUUGAUUAACCGAUAUUUUUCAUACAUAGAAGAAAUACUUGGCGACCUGCCGAAUAUUUAUAUGCUUUUGGGUGUUGCAAAUUUCGCUGGAACUUUUUUAAAUGUUGCAAUAGAGGCUCUAAAAGGCGAAGAGAAUACGCGCGAUCAUUAUCUCGCGCGUAUAGCCAAUGCUUUUGAUAUGGAAUAUAUCUGUGAUUCUUCCCCCUUUCAAAGAGGUUCCAUCUCUUUGUUUGGGUUCCUUUUACCUUUUUUCAAUCCUACCCCUAAAACUAAACGAACCCUUAAUCCUAAGCUCAAUCCGAACCCUAAUCAUCACCCUUCCCUUAACCCGAAACCUAACGAUAAACCUACCACUAACCCUAGGACUGGUCCUACCCUUAAAUUAUACAGAAUAGGUUUAUCUGACGGUAAAAACUCUAAUCAAACCGAGGCGAAAAAAGAAUUAUUUCCCCAAGAAAUCUAUCACUUGGCUUCUGGAAAAGAUAUCUUAGGCAAGCUGGUUGAAAAGGUAGCAUUUAAUAAAUUGGCUAUUCAAAUGAUUUGA